UAUCCCUUUAAAGAAUCGCAUGGCCAUGUACCAGGCAGAAGUCUCCAAACAGGGCACAUCAGGCUUCUCCAAUGGGGUUACAAAGGAGGCUGAUGUCUGUUCUGUGCCUGGAGGACUAGCCAGCAUUCGCAGACAGUUUGAGAGGGAAGAGAAGUCUGCCACUUGCACAGUUACACAGUUUUCAAAUGCACACAGAUCUUCACAGCUUCCCUAUCAGACCAUUCACCAGGAGGUUGCCUCUAGUGUUGAAAACCAUCAUGAAGAGAAUGAAGAAGAGGAGUAUUAUCCAAAACUCUCAGCCAAAGAACUGGCACGGCAGUUUGAGAAAACCAUUGAGGAAGCUGCUCCAAAUAAGAAAAUAAAGAUUGAACAUAAAGUCAGCUAUUCUCAGAAGCCCUCAGAUGUAAACAUAUCCCAUCAGGCCAUUGUGGGGGAUGUGUCUGUCCUAUCAAAUAAUACAUUAGAAGCUUCAGGAACAGAUGCAGGGCAUUUGGGAUAUGUGCCUUCUAAUGAUGAUGAUAAUGAAGACUUUCCUUAUGAUUACUUACCUCCUCCACCACCAGACUUAUUGGAGAAUCUCCCUGAAGACAUAGGUUUCCCAGAGCCCCCUGAACCACCACCUCUAAAGAAGCACAUCAUUCACAAAGGUCAAUAUUCUAAACAGAGAGAACUACUGGAAGUGAAGCGUCUAUGCAAGCACAUUCACCCUGAUGUUAGGAAAGACCUAGAGCAAGAUUUAUAUAAUGAGUUAAACGAGAUGGACAUAGAUGAGGAGAUAGUAGGUGAUGUACGGGAUACCUUACAUGAAUUUGAACACAGUGGUAGUAGCCCUAACAGGAGCCCAGAAAGAGAAUAUCUGGAAUGGGAUGAAAUCCUGAGAGGUGAGGUACAGUCUAUGCGCUGGAUGUUUGAGAAUAAACCUCUUGACUGCAUCAAAAACUCGGAUGACGAUAAGGACGGCAGAAAUAUAACUCAGCAAGAUUUCAUAGCCGGAGGUGACGUGAAAAACACUGCUUUGUUGUUUGAGACUCAACCCAUGUUAGAGCUAGAGACUAGUUAUUCUGCAAAGAAAUCAUCCCUCAAUGAAAUAGGGAAAAAAGAUGUACGUGCAGCAGCUUGGUUGUUCGAAACAAAGCCAAUGGACUUUAUGAAUAAAAUGCAUGGAGAUUAUGAUCAAACCAAAGAGGUUGUCUUCACACAAGAAGCAACCCAUGGUAAUGUGAAGUCUAUGCGGUACAUUUUUGAAAAUCAGGGAAUGGAUUUUCUGGGUGAUAUUGAAACCGUGGAUGAAAAGCACCUUCUAAGUCUGAAAUCUGUCAUUGAAGAGAUUAAAGCUGAUUUGAAGAUAACUGUCUGGCACUUUGAGACCCAGUGCAUGUGUGUUUUAAGGGAGCACUCAGGUCAAAUAGUGGCAAUUACCUGUAUUCGCCGUGAAGAGACAGAGAAAGGUGAUGUCAAAACAUCCCGGUGGUUUUUUGAGACACAACCUCUAGAGAAAAUCAACAAAGACACUUCUGAAGUAAGGCUUAUCUCCAGUAUUUUACUGGAAGACAAUAUUCAAGGUGAUGUGAAAAGAGGAAAAUGGUUAUUUGAAACUAAAAUUUUGAACUUUUCAAAUGAAGAAUGGAAAAAGGUAAUUAAAGACCGAAAAGAGGAUAUUUUGGGGGCUGAUGUUCGAAAACAGUGCAUGGUAUUUGAGACUCAGCCCAUGGAUACUCUAAAAGAUGAUUCCAAUGCCAAACCCAUUACCACUGAAAUUCUUGGUGGUGAUGUACAAACAGUCAGACAUUUAUUUGAAACAGCACCAUUAGAAGAACUGAAAGAACUGCCAGAGGUGGGAAAGCUGAAGAAGAAAGUGCCAAAUGAUGAAGACAGUUGGGACCUACGACACCAACAAUGGAUAUUGAAGAGUCCGCCCCUACAGGACAAACAAAAUGAAGACGAUGGCAUGGAAAAGCUAAUGAAAAUAGCUGCCUUGGAAGAAGAGAAAGGGGAUGUAAAACAUCAAAAAUGGCUAUUCGAAAACCAAAGACUUGAAGAUAUCAGAGAGGAAAAGAAGGAAGUGAUGAAAAUGAUUAAUAUUGAACAGAUGGAUGAAGAAAGUUACAAAGGUGAUGUACGCAGGAAUUGCUGGGUAUUUGAGACUCAGUCUAUGGACACAUUAAAAGAUGAUUCGAAUGCCAGACCUGUGAGUACUGAAGAAAUUAUUGCAGGGGAUGUUCAAAGUGCCAGACAUUUUUUUGAAACCGUUCCACAAGAUGAGUUGAAGGAACUUGCAGAAGUGGGAAAACUCCAAAAAAGGGUGACAGCUGCAGAGGAGAAGGGUGAUGUUCAACUUCAGAAACUGGUGUUUGAAAGCCAGCCACUAGAACAAAUUAGGGAUGAAAAAAAAGAAAUAACAAGAACAGUGAAUGUAGAAGAUAUUGAAAAAGUGGAUGUAAUGAAUUACAUGCAAAUGUUUGAAACAUAUGAUAUGAACAGAUAUGAUGAAAGUCAAAGAAUUCAAGUUGAUGGUGUCACCAAAGGCUCUGUACAAUCCAACAAAGAGCUUUUUGAAUCUAAACCAAUUUAUGCCAUGCGGGAUAGUUCAGGCCAUUAUCAUGAAGUGAAAACUGUGAGGCGUGAAGAAAUUGUGAAAGGAGAUGUGAAAACCUUUAAGUGGAUGUUUGAAACCUGCCCUAUUGACCAGUUUGAUGAAAGUAUAAGCAAGUACCAAGUCAUUAAAGGGAUUACUCAGGAAGAGGUCGAAACAGGUACAGUCAAAACAGCUAAAUGGCUUUUUGAAACACAGCCUCUUGAUGCCAUCAAAUACUUUAGCAAUAUUGAAGAUGAAGAGUGCGUUAUUAAAGAGACAACUGAUAUAGUGAAAGGUGAUGUAAAGACCUGUAAGUGGCUAUUUGAGACCAAACCGAUGGAUGCUCUGUAUGAAAAGGUUGAGCUCAAGAGUGAAGUUGGAAAUAAUGAGGUUCAUAAAGGCGAUGUCAAAACCUGCACCUGGCUCUUUGAAACUCAAGCACUUGAUACCAUCAAAGAUAAAUCUGAAACUGUAUUCAAAAUGUGCACUAUAAAACAAGAAGACAUUCAGGGAAAAGAUGUACAUGCAGCUUGCUUCCUCUUCGAGACCGAUAACAUUGAAAACAUCACUGGAGAGGACGGAUGCACAUUUAAGCAAUUGACUGAGAUUGAUAUCCAGUCUGGAGAUGUAUCACGAAUGAAAUACAUGUUUGAGAACCAGGCCCCUGAUGCCAUGACCUCAACCUCGGAGGAAUUCAUGCGCCAACUGAGGUCAGACCAGGCUGAGGACAUUAAGAAAGGAAAUGUAGGAAACUGUAAAUGGCUCUUUGAAAACCAACCAAUAGAUACAAUCCAUGAAAACCCAGAUGAAGUAAAAGAGACGCGCACUGUAACUGAUAUUCAGGGAGGCAAUGUGGAUAAAGGCAGAUUUGUUUUUGAGACCUGUUCCUUAGAUAAAAUCCAAGAGAUCUCUUCUGAGUCAGAAAUGAAAAAGCUGCACAGAAUAAUCUGUGAGGAUGAGGAGAAAGGAGAUGUUAAAAAUUAUGCAAUGAUGUUUGAAUCUCAGCCACUUUAUGCCAUCCAAGACAAAGAAGGACAUUAUCAUGAAGUGACCACACUUACAAAAGAAGAGAUACUGAAAGGAAAUGUGGUAGGCACCCGUUGGUUAUUUGAAACAAAGCCUCUUGAUACCAUUCGAGAUACUGAUGAAGUCUACCUAAUCAAAGCUGUUACUGAAGAGGGUGUUCUAAAAGGUGAUGUCAGUUCUGCUAGAUGGAAAUUUGAAACCCAACCUCUUGACAAGAUUACUGACCACAGCCGAAUGUCUUUUAAAACUGUGGAAGAAAUUAAAGGGGGAAAUGUCAAGGCGAACAAAGAGCGCUUUGAAUCUGACUUGACAUCACAGAAGUUAGUCCGCACUGUUAGCAUGAGUCAGAUUCAUAAAGGCGACGUUAGGGCAGCUAAGUGGAUGUUUGAGACUCACACUAUUGAUCAGAUUCAUGGGGAGAACACCGAAAACCAGAUGGAGACGGUUGUUGUGGAAGAACAGGUCAAAGGAGAUGUGAAACAAUCUGUGUGGUUGUUUGAGAAAAAUCCACUCAAUAGCAUCAAUGAAAAGGAGGAGACUAAGCAGCUCAUCUGUGAAGAAAUACCCAAGGGAGAUGUGAAAACAAUAACUUGGCUUUUUGAAACUACUCCGUUUCUCGACUUCAAUGCGAACAGUGCGGUGCAAACUGAAAUCAUUGGGAAAAGUAUAAAAGAAACUCUUAAUGAGCUAUACAGUCAGAAAAUGGUGGAAUCCAAAGGGAUUAUAAUAGAGACUGAUGAGAUUGGGGAUGUGCGAAUGGCUAAGUAUAAUCUAAUGAAUAAAGAGCCCCCUGAAAUUCAGAAGGAAGAAAUCAUCAAAGGAGACUUGCAGAACAUCAUGAUGAAUCUCCUCUACAGACAAGAGACAAAAGAACAAGGAAUUGUUAUCAGUGCAGAUGAAAGAGGAAAUAUCAGUAGCACUGUGGAACAGCUGUUCAACCAGGACACCAGCUGUAAUGUGGAAAAAGAGGAAAUUAUUCGGGGUGACAUUCAAGAAGCCAUAAACAACCUUCUGAAGGAGGAGAGCAAAGGCAAGCAUGGCAUUCUUAUUCAGGAGGAUGAAAAAGGAGAUGUUUGCAUGACUAUAUAUUCUCUUUUUAAUAAACAAGACGACACCACGAUUGAAAAAGAGGAUGUGAUAAAAGGCAAUGUAAAAGGCUGUCUAGAAAAACUUUAUAAUCCAGACACAGAACAGAUUGUUAAAAUGAAAGUAGAUGACACAGAAAAAGGAAAUGUGCACUUUUUUUCAACCUGCAUUGAGUCCGGGGCUUUGGACUACCUUAAACAGCUCCAAACAGAGCAGGAUGAGAUUGAGAUAAGUUAUCAAGACAAGGAAGAAAUUGUUGGUGGUGAUAUUCGAGGGACGAAACAUAGCCUUAUGCAUAACCAGGCUAAAAUCUGUCGCCUUGUGGAUAGCGAGGAUAUUUUGCCUGGUGAUGUUCAUAAUGCAGUCAAUUUUUUCAUGACAGAGCCUUCACUUGAACAUCUCCAGAAAGAAGAAAUAGUAGGAGGUGAUUUAAGGGCCACUCUGAACUCACUGGCACAGUCGAUAAAUCAGUCAGUUGUUCUAGAGAAAGAGGAGAUUGUAAAAGGUGACAUAUGCAAUGCCCUCAAGUCUCUUAAGGAUGCCCAAAUGCAACCUAAAGAGGUAGAAAAACCUGAAAUAAUCCCUGGCAACAUUAAAGGAGCAUUAAAAUCACUGAAAGACUUAGCUACAGCUAAAGUUGAAGUUGUUAUUGAAGAUUUAGUUCCAGGUGAUAUCAAAGGCACAUUAAAAUCUCUGGAGGAAGCCAAACAAGUAGUAAGGGAGGUGGAGAAAGAUGAAAUUAUUAAGGGUGACAUUAAUUCAGUAUUGCAGAGUCUACAAGAGGCUUCUAAUGAGCGAAAGGUUCACCAGCAAGAGAUUGAAGUUCAAGGAAAUGUGAAAGGGACCAUACAGCUCUUAUUAGAGCCUCCUCCGUCUCCAAAAAUGCAACGAAGGGCCAGCACAGAAGGUGAUGUAAAACUGUCGAUAAAAUCACUAUAUGAGGCGAAGGAGGAGGGACAGUCAGAGAAAGAGGAGGUGAUAAAAGUGGAUGUUAAGAAUACAAUAAAAUGCCUGCUAGAAACAGCACAAAGGGCAAGCCCAAAGAUUCCCAAAAAAGAGCCAAUAAGAAAAGUGAAAACUCCAAAAGCAAAAGUCCAGUCUCUUUCUCAAAAACAGACCCAGUCACCUACCAGUACAGUAAAAAGUUUAAACAAAAAUAGUCAAACAGUGAAUGUACAAGAACUUGUAACCACAAAAUCAGUGCAAAGUGAAUCUAUAGCUCAAGAAAAGCAAAAUACACUCAUCAAUCAAAACACAACCAAUGCACAGGCAUCACAAACCACUGUGCUAGAACACAAAACAAUAUUACAGACUCAUGAGGUUAAAACUUUAAAGACUGAAUUCCGCAACCUCAAAACAAACCGUAAAGGUAUAAUAAGGUUAGAGAAAACCUUAAAAGGCAGAGAGCAAGAGGUCCUUGCACCAUCUCUUCCAUCUUCACUGCCUGAGUUUGACUUCCCUGCUCCUCCAACUCCUCCUCCAGAUUAUAGCCUUUCCUUUCCUACCCCUCCUCCUGUUAUCCAGGGUGAUAAUGACCUUCCUCCACCACCCAGUCCUCCUCCUUGUGAUCCUGACCAUUUACCUCCCCCUCCUACUCCACCACCUCCCCCUGCGGUUGAACAAGAGUUCCUUCCCCCUCCUCCAACUCAGAUGGAGCUAGACCUUAUUCCAAAUUUAACACCAACCAAACCCAGCAAACUGACAGUAAAACCAGUCAAAGCUCCAGUUUUAUGUAAACUGCCGAAAUUGAAACCAGCCAUACAUCUUGACAAAAUGGAUAUACAUUCCAAAUCAGCUUCGCAAGUGCCUACAAACACCGAAACAGUUACAAAAUCCAGCACAGCAGAGACAGAAUGUAUGGUUUCAUCAGUUUUAUCCACUCUGGUCUCAUCUGAGAUCCAAUCGUCUAUUUCAGUUGAGGCACCUGCGUCCCGGCAUCCUCUUUUGGGUGUCACUCCACCAGAUUCACCACAGCCACAAAACAAAUCUCUCGUAAAUAACUUCAAAACUCCAUUAAUUAAAGCCGAGAAAAAAUACAGACAGCAGCAAUCAUCCAGCUCACCAUCCUUUGAAACUGACAUGCGUGAGCCUGUCAGUACAGCCCUUGAAAUGCUUCCCCCAGGAGGCAAGAGCACUGCACAUUCUGAACAAGGCGUACCACUUGAUUUCCCUCAAGGGAAAACUGAAAAUAAAGUGACCAAAAUGACAUUAGACUCAGAGGUAUAUGAUUCAUCCAAGAAUGCUGUAUACUCAGAAGCUUCACCAAGCAAGCCUUUAAUCUCUAUGGCAAAUACGAAAUCUCCUUCUGAAUCCGCCAUUAUUUCUUCAGCUAAGCAGUCCGUUAUCUCUAAUCAGACAUCUCAAAGCACUUCAACUCAGCAGCAGACUACAUCUACCACAUCUAAAAAGAAGAAAAAAUCUCGGUUAGCUAGUAUUCACCAAGUGACCUCUACUUCUGUUAAACAGCAAGAGACGGUUAUUAGCAAUACUGCACAGUUACCUGUAAAUGCACAAGCACAUGGUGAAGAAAAAGGUCACCCAUCUGUCUCUGCAGAUGAUUCUGUGAGUAGUGCAACUAAGAUAGAGAAUGUAAAGAAAGAUAAUGGAAAUAGUAGUUUGGCUGAAAAAGCUUCAGUUGAGGAAAGUAAGAAAAUUAACAUCUCUAUAAAAUCAGGCCAUAGAAAGACUUCACCUAAUCAGAGCAAACCUACAAAGGUAAAUAUAGACACUGCAAUUAAAGAAGCUGAACAAAAGGUUCAAAAAGUGAAAAAAGGCCGCAAGAAAGAUGAGGGCAGUGAAAAAAAGCCAGCAGUUCAAACUCAAGUGGUAACGGUGGCACUGGAAAAUGUCCAGGUGAAAGAGAACAGAGAACGGAAAGAUACAGAGACCGAGAUUGAAGCAGAAAAACAGGCCACACAAAAACAGGUUGAGGAUGGACUUGCCUGUCCAAAGAAAAAAAAGAGAGCUAAAUCCAAGAAAGAUAAGGACACAGCUCAGCAAGCCCAGGGGCCAACACAAAGUAUUACCACUGUUCCUUUGCCUGCCACAACCUCGGAGGUAAGACCACCAGUUUUGUCAUCUAAUCAGAAACAAGAGGAAUUUGCAGUGGUGCAGACCCACAAAACCAUUCAAGAGGAACAGACUGCGGUCCACAAAGAGAUCACCAUCACAGAGAGUAAAGUUCAGCAAAGUUUAAGGCAACAGGGCACUAUGGUAAAGUCUCAAAAACAGGCCAAGAUGUCUGUGAAAAAGAAAGAACAAGUUGACAGCCAACAAAAAUCUAAAGAUGAAAGCAUAAAUGUGACAGGGGAGCUGACACAAAGGAAGCCUUCUAAGACUUUUACAGAGAGCACAGAAGCAUUACAAAGAUGUGCAGAUGCUCAAAAGUUGCUGUAUUAUAUCUCAGAGUUACAGGAAGUUACAGAAAAAAUGGACUCAGAGCGUGCAAAGACAUUACUCAUUGAAAUCCCCAAUUGGAUUCUUGGAACAGAGAAAAAGAAUAUCUUGUUGAAAGCUGUAGAUGAACAUAAUUUGGAGAAACUCAAAGAAAUAGUAGCUCAUGUACAAAAUCUUGUUCAAAUAAAACUGUUGGAUGUUGAAGAAAAUGUUGCAGCUACUGAAAAACAUGAAUGUGAAGUUACAUCUGAAAAACAGGUUUCAAGCAAGUCUACUCAAAGGAUUUCAAAAAUCACCAUAGACUCUAAAAAAGUUGAAACUCAAAAGAAAGUAGAGGAGAAAAAAAACACACGUGAAAGUCGCAAGCAGCAAGGCAGGAGCAAAAAUGCUCCAGACCCCAGAUCGCCAUCACCUUCAUUAAAAAUGCGCUCACCUUCACCGACAUUUAUCACCAUUGAAUCGACAAGAAGAACUGAUUCGCCACAAAAAAUAGUGCCAUCUCCUCCACCAAUGCCUCCCACUCCUCCACCACGCAGAUCUGAAACACCUACGGCCCGUUUAAGCAGGGGUUCUCCAUCACCCACUCUAGGGAGAGCUAGCAGUUUAACAAGGCUGAGGGAAGCAACAGCUAAACUUUCACGUGGACCCUCACCUGAACCUGUACACUGUACUGUGUCAGUCACUGGAAAGAAAUCUGAGAUUGUGGAAAUUCCAUCCACAUUUAAUCGCCAAAUUAAAAUUGAUUCUAAGCCUGGUGAGGAUGGAAAGGUUAUGAAAGAGUUUAAGGACUCCAAAUCCUCAGAGAAAGUGGCGAUACUUUCUCGUGGUCCCUCACCUGAUCCUGUGCAUCAUUCUUUGUCUGUUACUGGGAAGAGGUCUGAGAUUGUAGAAAUUCCAUCCACAUUUCACUGUCAAAUCAAAAUUGAUUCUAAGCCUGCUGAGGAUGGAAGCAUUCUAAAAGACCAUAAGGACUCAGAUGAAACAGUCUCAGAAAAGAUGAUGUCAGUUCAGCAGAAGACUCAGGAUGGCCAGGAAAGCACAAGUUAUAUUUCCGAGCACUUAUGGAUGGAUACAGAAAAAGGCGAAACUAAGUUACCAGAGAAUGAAAAAGUGAUUGACGUUUCUGGACCAGUAAGCAAACCUGACAGCCCAGAUGCAAAGACUUAUACCAGUAAAGAACCAACUGAUGUCCAAGAACAGUCUGUUGUUGAAAGUGGCACCUUAUAUAGACCAGAAAACAACUUCAGUGUCGUAAAAGACAUUUUUGAAAUGGCUGAGCAAAGUUCCUCUCUGAAAGAACAGAAAAACAAACAGGAGGAGCAGGUGCCAAGAGUGGGCGAAAUCACUCCUCAGGAUUCAAAGCAUAAACUUCAACAGACAUUAGGGCAGAUCUCCCAACAGACAUUACCUCUGCCUCUGCUAAAAGAUGUGAUGCUGGAAAAGUCAGUCGACCCAUAUGGCUUUUCAGAGACGAAAAAUAUCACAGAGCAUUACUCCACUGUUGAUGAAGCUGGCACAAAGAUAACCGGGAUGAGAAGCAACACUACCAUAACAUCUAAACAUUCUGAGAGUGUUGUUUCUCAGCACGUUCCAUUCUCUUAUGCCGAUGCUGUGAAGAAAAAGGACCCAGAGGUGACAGCAUCCCCUGAGGCCUCUGCUGAAGAAUUAUUGAAAAAAUUCCAUGAGAUGUGGACUGAGAGUGAGAGUGUGUUCAAAAGCUUAGGCUACAAUGUUGCAGAUUCGAGUUCCGAAGUCGGAGCUGUGCACAGUGUGUCGGAAGAGAGUGUAUCCCAUGGAGGGUCUGAUAGCCGACAAAAAGAAGUUCCAUAAAUCCUGUUUCUUCUGUGAAUACUGCAAAAAUAAAUUAAGUCUUGGAAACUAUGUCUCUCUCCAUGGACAUUUAUACUGCCCAUCGCAUUAUAAACAGAUCUUUAAAUCUAAAGGACAUUUUGAUGAGGAAUUUGGCCAAAGGAACCAGAAAGAAUUGCUGAGUGGAGGAAAUUUAAUGAAUGCUAUUUCUGAAGAUAACAACAGGAGAUAUUCCCUUUCACAAAGCAACUUCAGUUCUGUGUCAGACAUUUAUGAAAUAUCUAAGGUACAAGAAAAAUCUGAUCAAGCCCCCCAGAAAUUAAGUAAACAUUGUUUAGUGUGGCCCCCUCCCACUGACGUGCCAAAGACGACCUUUACCAUGGACCAAGAUAUACCGUUAAUAAAACCAGUGUGGCCUCCUAAGAAUGAGUCUUUGAAGUCUCCCAAACACCAGCGACAGAAAGCAUCACGGAUUAUUGCAAUUCAUCCAUAAGACAUUAACGCUGCCUGGCUGCUUGAGGCAAAGGCACCUCAUACAGUAUAUGUUGAAUCCUACACAAGAAUAACUGGACUUAAAGCAUGAAUUAAAGAAUGUUUAAAACAGGUGAAUAAAUAAUGUGAAAUGAACACAGAGAGCAAGAAGAUUCUGACAUAGUAAUGAAAGAAAAAUAGAUUAAGUGGACAUAGAAGGAAAGUGGUGAAUACUGAUAAGGAUAUGAUCAAAAAAGAGUGACAUCAAUGCAAGUACUGAGGGUUUGUGUUUAGAAAGAAAUGAAAAGUAGAAUGGUGUGAAAUAACGUGAAAGCUAAUUUAGAUAGAGAUAAGGAAGUAAUAGCAUACAAAUUCAUUAUUCACACUGCAAUUAAACUUGAUAGUAAUUAAAAGAUUACUUGAUCAGAUUAAGAAUUAGAGGUAAAUGAAUUGGAUAACAAGGUGCCAUAUGUAAAGAUUUCAGUAUGUGCUGCUAAAGCGCUAAACAUUUCAGUCUUAUAUGAGAAUGAUAAUACAUCAGAAAUAUAACCAGUGUUCUUUUUUUGUUUUGUUUUUUUACCAUUCAUUGUGCCCAUGGAGAGAGUAUAGUUAUCUAUGAAUUUUGGCUUUUUCUAUUUGCCCCUACUAUUUUUAUAUUUUGUCUUUGGUUAGAUUUGUUCUCACUGUUUCUCCCUAUCAUGACUUUGGAAGCACCUGGGGUGGAGUGUAGCACAAUGAUUAAACUGAGUACAUAGUUUUUCUUAUGUAAAUGUCAUAUAUAAUUGGUAUUUGUGUAUUCUGGUCAUUAGUGUCCUAUGCUAAACAGAAAAUAUUUUUAAAAUGAAUAAUAAACUAGAAUAGUAUUUCUUUGUACAAGAGCAUUCCUGAUCUUUUAAUCAGGUCAGGCUGGUUCAUUGGUGCAUCUUGCAAAUGUAUUGAUUUAAGAAAAAUAAACCGCUCCUAUAUUCAA